GGUCUCUCAAUUGAUCUACGCAAUCGAGCAUUAUAACAUGAUCGCGAACCGCCAAGAUGCCGAUACAGAAGCAUUUAGCGCUUCGUUCUUCCUCAAAGACUGCCUGAAUCUUCAGAAAUGACUGUCGAUAUCCUCUCAUGGCUGCGCCAGGUCGACGGUACUGCAUAUCCUCACGACCUCGACCCAGCGAAACCACCAAAAGCGACACGAUCGUCUCGCAAGCGACAGCGCAGCUACAGCUCGACCAGUUCCGAUCAUCUACCAAUCUCUAAGCCUACUGCAAAUACGUGCAAACAGCCUACACCACCUCCAGACUCUCCGACAUCCUGUCAAGCAGCAGCCGAAAUGGCACCAACAAAGAAACGAAAGACAACCAAGGGUGCCGUUCUCAGUCCAAGUCCAAACGAUGCACAACUUGACGAUGAAGGGGAACAAGAAAAGACUCCCAGACCUUUACGGAGUGUCCAUCUACCCAGCGAUACAUCGUCCAUGUCCUCAGCGAGCGGUCGCUCCGGUGCUUCGUCGCCCCGAAAGCAAUUAGCAGCAAUGGCUCUAUCCUCCCACGGCGUCGGAACGCGCGCCAUGUCUGAUCCUUCAGGUCUUCCACCAAGCUUAGCAGAAAUGCGAACGAAGUUAUUACAAUUCAGUCGAGGACGGGGGAUUCUGGGAGAGAAUGGGCUGGAGAGUAUACAGGAUGAGACAGCUGCGAGGGCUUUACAUCCGGACAUGGCUGCUAUGUACGAGGAUAAAGAAUUCUGCUGCUCUGCACGUCGCGAUGAAUUGGGGGUUACACCGAGUCCUGAGGAUGUGGUGUAUAUCCUUGAGUGCGCGGGCGAUUGUCUUCGUAUGGGGAGGUCUGAGGCAGCGUGGAAUCAUGAGGUUCACUUCCCUCUGCUCUGCUUGGCGCUUCGGAACCGAUCGAAGGGUGCGUUCCAGCGGCUUGUCAACGUGACAUCUUGUUCAUCUGCUUCCAUCAUCCCCGACUACCGCAUCCGUUUCGCGCCCGACAAAAAGAUCGACUUUUGCGUCUACCUCGAUCCUCACCACGAUCCCAACGAUUCAAACAUCGCCAGCACCGUCGAUACCGUUCGCGCCCGUCUUCCCGGCCUGUCAAUAAACCCCACAGACGAUUUAUCGCUAUUGAGCAAUCCAAUCGCCAUUCCCAUCGAGACUAAGCGUCCCGGCGAAGGCUUGGAUACUGCCAAUCUCCAAGUCGCGACAUUUCUAACAGCACACCUGACCCUUCUGCAACGACUCGUUGACGCUGGUGCCUCUGUGCCUAUUGACGAGGGGGAAAAGGCGCCUUCGGUUGAUGAUCUGGGCUUUUUGCCUGGAUUGAUCGUGCAGGGAAAUACGUGGAACUUUAUCGCAGCGAGUCGUCAAGAUUCUCGAACCAUUAUCUGGUCAGAGACUUCGCUCGGUUCGACGGGCGAUAUUUUCGGUAUCUACCAAAUCGUCGCAUCAUUGCAAUUAUUGCGACGAUGGGUUGAUACUACAUACUGGCCCUGGCUACGACGCGUUACGACAAGAGCUGCUACAGCUAUUCAAUUACGCAAUGACCCAGCUGGAUGAAGGCGUCUCAGCGUGAUGCAGUACGAAACUCAAAUAUUGGAGGCCAAUGACCCCGCCACGCGCGGAUACAGCCGGACGCCAAUUAGAUCACUCGGGACGAUUUUAGAUCAUGCCGAAAGCCAUUGCGGCGUCGAGGGCCUAGAUCGACGGGGUAAGCUUGAGGAGCCCAGACCCAGCUUGCUUCACCGUCAUUCUAUCCAGGUAUGACGACCACUGUGUACCGGGACAGUGGGCUGGAUGCCCUUGACGGGAUUGGGAGAAAGUCCCUGCGUCAGAGUGAGGCACAGCCUCCUCGGGGUAUCACAACAACAAGACUCACCAGCAUACAGCCGUGGGGAUGAAAGAAAUACCUAGACAUGAUUCAAGCAAAUAUACCAUUAUGACUGUCCA